AUGCAGAUGAACCAGCUCCACCAGCGCACGCUCCUGUGUCGGGCUGAAGGCGGUGAGGACCAGCCGCCGCAGCAGCCUGGCGAGCAGGGCGAGGCAGCGGCAGGCGGCGGCGGCAACCCUCCCACGGCGGCGCCAGAAGCGCCCAAGCGGCAACCUGUGGAGGACCCCUCGGUAGCCAAGGGGCAGCGCACCGCCAUCGUCACCGGCGCCAUCUCAAUCAUAUUCGGGGUGAUCUAUCUGGGCCUGGUCUUCUUCAUGGACAUGCGCGGCGGGCAGAUGCUGCCGCCGCCGCCCGAGGCAUACGGGCUGUGA